AGAAGGUUCCAACCUUUUGUUAUUAAGUUGUAAGAACUAUUUCAUUCAGUUUUGUCCAAGAGAGUCAGAAAUACUUGCACAGAAAUGCGCAGCAUCUGAAUGACAGGGGUCAGAAUCACUUGAAUUUGAGCUUUAUCUGGUGUGGUUGCAGGUUUUGUGGCAUUUAGUAUCUUCAGAACAGUAAGAAUCAAAGUAUCUGAUUUCACAUAAAAAAAACCUGCUUGUGGCUAAAUAAGAUCAGCUUCAGCUCUGGAGGCACCAAAAAAUCAUCAGCUGUCAAAUUGGACCUAAGCCAUCUUUUCAAACCUUCCGUGAUCUUGCUGCAAUGCAUGAUGAUGGAUAUAUGGAUUAGAGAACAGCGUACGAUGGCAAACUUGUAGCAUUGGCUCUGAUGUAAAAAGAAAACAAAUUCUUUCCUAAAAUCAAAGUAAUUCCAAAUUCUUGGUAUCAUGCAGCCAUGCCACUUGCAAAGGAAGCAUUUCCCUGCCUCUCAAAGCUUGCUGUAUCCUCGAUCUGCUGUCUUCCUGCUGUUAAUUGAUUGCAACUCUGCGUGUCUGAUUAGGGCUAAGAGUUGCUCUCGAUACGGAUAUCAUACAACAUAUACUGUGCACGCUUGUGUGUAUAGAUACGUUUAUACUGUAUGCAUGUACAUAUGUAUGCCUAUUUGUGUGCUGGCCCCAAAAUCACUCAUGUUCUAAAGCAUCAGCCUUGAAGGCAUAUUCAUCAAACUAUUAUGUAGAUCUUUUAGUUUUGCCGGUUCCCUCAAAAUGAGAGACUUUUUAUGCAGUCUGCUGUGGCAAAUAGCCCCACAUUCUAAUUUUUACUAUCACUCUUGCUGACUUGAUUAUCACUCACUCUUGGUGUGUGUAUAAACACAUAUGUGUAUGUAUAUACAUAUUUGUGUAUUUAUACGCACAAGUAUGUUUUUGCUGUACAGGUAAUAAAGAUGGGGGAAGUUUUUUGUGUUUUCUUAAUAGGUGAAGAAAUCUUGAAGACCAGAAAUUGCAACUUACUGAAUUUUAAAUUUAAAAAAAAAAUAGAAAAAUUUAAAAUUGCCCGGCUGUGGAAGAUGGAUCCUCAUUUUUGCAGCCACUUUGAAUCUCAAGUUCAUCUUUAAAUGCACUGGGGUUUUUUUGUUGGCCUUUUUUUGGUUUUUCUUUUUAUUUUUUUUUUUUUGGAAGAGCUAACUAACCCUGGCUGUCUCCAGUCUGACAGUAUUCAAAUGGACUUGCUUCCUCCAUUAGUUGUAAGAUGUUUUAAAGCACAUCCUAUGUUUGAAUUGUGGAUGAGAGGUUCCCUUGGCAAUGUGAGGAGGAAAAUUCUUUCUACCCCUUUAUUAUUAAUUCACGGAUUCAGUGUUGAUUCGGCCUACAGGAGAAGUUAACUGGAAGUCUUUGAAGAUCAGUAUCUUUGCUGAAGUUGUCCAGGGUUACUUUUAAAAAGAAGAUUUGACUGAUCAAGCCAUUAGGAGACUUUCAGUCUAAGAAAGAGCGAAGCCAGCUCUUGCCAGGACUGGAGGAAGUCCCUGUUGAGAGUGAACCCUUAAAACCUGAGCUCGUUCUCAGACUUUGUCGAUUAUGUCUAAGCAAGGAGACGACUGCUACUUCUAUUUCUAUUCCACCUGUAACAAGGGAGACAGCUGUUCCUUCCGCCACUGUGAAGCUGCUCUGGGAAAUGAGACAGUCUGCACGCUCUGGCAGGAGGGUCGCUGUUUCAGGAAUAUCUGCAGGUUCAGACACAUGGAAAUCGAUAAAAAACGCAGUGAGAUUCCUUGCUACUGGGAGAAUCAACCAGUUGGCUGUCAAAAAUCCAACUGUGCAUUCCAUCACACGAAAGGACGUUAUGUUGAUGGACUCUUUUUACCACCAAGCAAAACUACGCUUCCAAGUCCCCCUGAGUCUGCAGAAGAUGAUGUGAAAAUGGCUCAGGCGUCACUGCAGCAAAACAAACUUUCUGUCCAGUCAAAUCCCUCUCCGCAGCUGAGAGGGGUGAUGAAAGUGGAAAACUCUGAAAAUGUCCCAAGUCCUACGCAUCCUCCAGUUGUAAUCAAUGCUGCAGAUGAUGAUGAAGAUGAUGAUGGUGAGUACCAGCUUUCUGAAGAAGGAGAUGAAACUAAAACACCUGUCCAGCAACUGGCAACAGAAGCCAAUAAUGGAUUGAGGAUAAUUUCCACUAGGAAAUGCAGCGGUAAUACAAAGCAAGAGGACAAUUUAAAUUUUGGAAUUAAAACACUUGAAGAAAUCAAACUGAAGAAACUAAAGGAAAAAACAAAAAAACAAGGUGAAGGUCCUUCAGGAGUUUCUGUUCCUCCGCUCCAAUCUCGGGCUAUUCCUGUGCCAGAAAAGGAAAAUGUACGGACGGUAGUGAGAACUGUGACUCUGUCUACAAAGCAAGGGGAGGAGCCUGUGAUUCAACUGAACCUUGGCGAGAGGAUGGGAAAACGGAAAGCAUCCACAGCUGGUAAAAGUGUCCUUCCGCUAAAGCGCAACCUCACUGACAGGCUGGGGAAGAAGAUAGAGGUUCUGGAGAAUGCUGACAAAGCACCAAAGAGAGUUCAAGUCCCCAGGUCUCUGAAGGAGAGGCUAGGACUGCCCUCUGAACAGACCAGUACAGAGACAGAGAAGGCUGCUAAGCCAGCAGGAGAGAUCCAUGUGAAAACACUGGAGGAAAUUCGACUUGAGAGAGCUCAUCGGAGACGAGGAGAACCUCAAGCAAAACCCCAGACUGAAGGAUGUUGUAAAACAGAAGAUCCCAGCUUGGGGGCAAGACCUUCCCCUGCAGUUCGCGUCAAAACUUUCUCAGGAUCCCUGGCUGAAAAAAACCACAAGCGAUUGGAAGGAGAGAAGCAAAAACCAGAAGAGUUUCCUACCGAGACAAAAGUUGAGAGUGAACCCAAGAAGCAGAACAUACUUGCUCCGUCUGUGCUCAGCCAAGUGCGCCCGGCAGAGCCGGCAGGUAAAGCCAAGCCAGCAGGAGAAGUGCGUGUUAAAACCUUGGAAGAAAUCAAGCGGGAGAAAGCUCUGCGGAUGCAGCAGAGUGGAGGAAAAGUGCCAGCUCCACCAGCACAACCUGAACCUGCCCCGACAGGGAGGAGGUUGUUACGGAUCACAAAGCUAAUAGCACCUGGAAGAGAAGAAAAGAAGAUAGUGGAAUUGAGCAAGCCUUCUCCCAAAGCUGUCUCUGCACCUGCAGAGCCCUCUGAUCAGAGUGCAACUAAUUCCAAAGUUCAAGUGAAGAGCCUUGAAGAGAUAAUGUGGGAGAAGCGGCAGCUGAAGCAACGCCAAGAAGAGAAGCUUCAGAAGGAAGCAGCUGCUGUGCCAUCUCCUAUUGAACAGGCAAUCAAGGAUAAAAGUCGAGCAUCAGGGAGUCCUGAAUCCAGUGUGGUCUCAGGGUCAGCUUAUCGGCUUCCAAAGAGGAUAUUGGUGAAAUCUCCGGGAGAUGGGGUUGAAAGCCCAGGAAAGGGUGCUGCCGUAUCACCAGGGAAACGGGCAGCUCAACUUCUGGAAUGGAAAGCUGAAACCAAACGGAAGGUGUGCCUGAAGCCUUUGGAUGGGAAAGCCACCUCCCCCACAAAGCAGCCACUGAAACGUAAGGCAGCCGAGAGUCAUCCCUCUGCCGUGGCGGCUGUGAAGCCAUUGAGUGCCACUGGUGGCGAUACGAAGGAGCCUUCAGCUAAAAAAGCAGCUGUGGCCAUUGUUCCGGCUUUGCCAGAGGACAGCCUCCUCUCCAUACGUGGGAGAGAAAAACCCCAAGCCAGUCCUGAACUGCACCUUGGAAGCCAGGCAGACUCUGUGGCACAGUCAGAGGUCUCAAGCUCGACCUCAGCUUCUUCACAAGUAGCAGUGAAGACACGCCGGUUGAGCUCCACAGGAGCUGGGAAAGCACCCUUAUCUGUAGAAGAUGACUUUGAGAAGCUUAUUUGGGAAAUCUCAGGAGGCAAACUGGAAGCAGAAAUUGACCUGGACCCAGGGAAGGAUGAGGAUGAUCUCCUCAUGGAACUUUCUGAAAUGAUUGACAGCUGAACUGCAUAGUCUUUAAAAAAAAAAAAAAAAUUAAAA